UCUUCUCCCGCGUCUCUAUGAUAGAGCCGGCCUUGGAGGCGGUAACGGCUGUGGCGGCUGUGGUGAAGCCGAGUGAGAGGUCCAACUUUCUUACUGGACUGAGAGGUUUUGGCCGCGGAGGGUCGCGAUGUCAGAGAAAAAACAGCCGGUAGACUUGGGUCUGCUGGAGGAGGACGACGAGUUCGAGGAGUUCCCUGCAGAAGACUGGGCUGGUUUAGAUGAAGAUGAAGAUGCACAUGUCUGGGAGGAUAAUUGGGAUGAUGACAAUGUAGAGGAUGACUUCUCCAAUCAGUUACGAAGUCAUAACAUGGGUUGCCAUGGAUGUAACAAGAUGGGCCAGAGAGGAGAGGAUUGGAGACGUGGAAACUGAGAGAGCACACUUCUUGGGACCACACGGCGAUCUGGAACGGCUCUGAGGAGACAUCACUAUCUUUCCUUCUAGAAAAUAUCUCCCAGAUAGAAGUGGAUUUCCAGAGCUAAAUGAAUAAUGCAACCAAAAGUACCUGCUGACUUAACAUAAGAAAUAUCCCUGAAUCCAAAGGGCAGCUUAGAUAGAGAAGUGAAAUGAAGUUCAGCUGAAGGCGGAAAUGGAACAAAUGCUCAUCUGAGGCGCCAGGGAUGGAUGAACACAAGAGAUGCCUGGAGAUGGGAGGUAAACAGAGAGAUUCUACCAUAAAGCACUGAGACAAGAAGAGGUCUGGGCUAUGCUUAGUCAUGAAAAGGCUCAUACAGUUGGGGAGGCCUGGCUCCAGGGAACACACUGAAGGAAGCGUGGGCAGAGGCACAAAUGACAGAUUUUGGAGCCUGUCUCAUGAUGCCCCAGCCUAGAGCCUUCAGAGCAUGGCUUCCAGAACCACAACGGACCAACACUUUCCACAGAGAUGGGGAGGAAGUUGCUAGAACAAACACUGUCCUGAAACUUGCCCCAAAUCUGAACCUAAUCAAACCCCAAUGUUUUCUUGAGGUUAGAAAAGGCCUGGCUUAGCAUUUUUAAAACAAUAUCUAUUUGCCUUUUGUCUCCCAUUUGUAGCCAGAAGUGGAAGUUCUAAAAACCCAUUAAAAACUUUGGGUUUUAUUUUGUAUUUAUUUCUUUACUAUAUACUUUCCCAGCCAAAACCAGAAAAUGCUGGGACGGCACAAGCUCUUUCUCCUGAGAUAUCCAGAUCAAAGUUGUUUGGAACUGCCUUGGCUAAGCAACUGAAUUUUUCCAUUCUUAUCCAAACCAAUGCUUCAAACCCUUGCAAUUUACUCAUAUGCAUCCACCUUCUCAAGUGUUCUGAGGCAUUUCUUUCAGCACACAUGUUGGCCUUCAAAGGGUAAUAAGCAAUUGUGUGCUGGCAAAAGUUGCAUUUUCAAGUUUGUACCCCCAUACCAUCAUCCAACAAAGUGAACAAGAACUUCUGGCAACUUUGUCCACUCUCUAUAUAUUCCAUACAGAGUCAAAGUAUAGGAAAAUAUAGGAAAAGCAACAUUAAAGACCCUCUUGCAGAGAAAUGUAUUAUUUUCAGAGUAUUUUGCACUGCUAAAUUAUCCUCUUCCUUAAGUAUAGAACUCACUUUGG